CUCAGGACAGCUGUGGUCAGUAUGUCCCAACAGAUGAAGACAAGGAGGAAGCUCUUCCCAAUAUUCUCCAGAUGAAUAAUGAUGGCCAGACUUUGGAAGGCACCACGGCUCCUGUUAGUCAUUCUGGUGGCCCUUGUGGCCUUCAGCUAUCAAGAAAAGAGGAAGACAUUUGUAAGUGUCCACGAAGUAAAUGCAAUAGAAGUUUCUGUCCCAGGCACAUUGAAGUAUGUCACAGAAACAUACAACAAAGAAAGUGAUGACUUGUACAACUUCAGGAUCAUCCGCAUCCUGAAGAUUGAGAAGCAGAUAACAGACCACAUGGAGUUACACAUCAGAGUGGAGAUGCAGAGGACCACCUGCUUCAAGACAGAGACAAGCACCUGUGAUGUCCAGAGAGGGGAACUUUACAAGAAAAUCCAGUGCUACUUCUCAGUGUAUGCCAAACCCGAGUUUGAAAGAUACAAAAUUCUCAAGAAAAACUGUACCGAUAGCUGAGUGUCUUGGAGCACAUGCUGUGUCCACCAAGUUUCAGCUCACCCUGCAAUCAACAGUAAUCCUCAAUUCACACAAUAAAGAUGGUAGCCUGUUCUCUUCAAGGUC